CUCCAUCUCCUCCUCCCUCUCCCCAACGUCGUGGCCGCGCCGCCGCUGCGGCCAUCCGACAUGGCAUCACCCCGGGGCCGUGUGCCGGCAGCUGCAUCCGACAUGGCAUCACCCCGGCGCACGCUGCCGGCCCGCAGCUGCCGGCACGCGGCCCGCUCGUCCUCGUUCUCGUCGUGGUCGCUGUCGGAGGACGACGAGGACAAGUACGAGGUGGAGCGCAUCCGCGACCACGCGCAGCUGCCGGACGGCACAGUGUGGUACCACACCACAUGGAAGGGGUAUUCUGUGCUGGAGUCUACGUGGGAGUCGGAGGACGCCUUCGGUGGCGGCGCAGAGGACGUUCUGCGCGCGUUCCGGCGCAAGCGCCGCAAUGAGGUGCCGCGCAUGCGCACGGAGGAGGAGCUGUUUGGGGACAACAGCAGCAGCAGCAGCGGCUCGGACAGCGAUGAGAGCGUGCAGGAGGUGCCGCCGCCACGGGCAACCAGCGCAGAGCUCUCCCUCGUUGCGGCGCUGCAGAGCAGCGGACAGCGUGCGCUUGCGGCCUUUGCGCAUGAGACGGAGCAGCGCUGGGCAGCUCUGCCUUGUUGGGAUCAUGUUGCGCAGGUUGUGCGGCGCGAGACGCAGCGCGGCGACGAGGAGGGACACGUGCUGGUGCGCUUCAUCUCUGGUGAGCACCUCCUGCUUCCGACGCUGCGUGCGCACGCCAUGGUGCCGCAGCAGCUGCUGCGCUACUAUGAGAGUUGCCUGCGCACGCGCCCUGGUGGGGCGCCCCUGCUGGAGGCAUACCGCGCGCGCGUGCGCCGCGAGAAGGAGCGCAAGCGCCAGGCUCGACGGCACAGCCGCACGAGCAAGAAGCAUCUCUAGCAAUCAGGAUAGCACUCACGGAUCCUCUGCAAGCAACCUCAUGCAAUUCAUCAUCCCGCC